CAUCAAGUCCUCCGAGAAUGAAGUCCCUGGCCCUGCUUUUCCUGCUGUCAGUGGGUGUAGCCGGCAAUGCCGUCUCACCUCGGGCUGUGUGGGAGCUUCGCAGCAUGAUCAAAUGUACCAUGCCGGAAAGCUAUCCUCUCCUGGACUUUGCCGACUACGGCUGCUACUGUGGCUUGGGAGGCAGCGGGACACCAGUGGAUGAGCUUGACAGGUGCUGUCAAGCACAUGAUGAGUGCUACUCACAGGCAGAGAAACUAGAGUCGUGCACAUUCAUCCUGGACAAUCCCUACACAAAGCUGUACAAGUUCAGCUGCUCCGACAAAGAGAUUACGUGUAGCAGCAAGAACAAGGAGUGUGCCAUGUUCAUCUGCAACUGCGACCGCACCGCUGCCAUGUGCUUCGCCAAGGCGCCCUACAACCCCAAGCACAGCAUGAUGGACACCAAGAAAUACUGCCACUAGGCCCUCUCCUGCCCCUCGGGGCGGCACGGCCUGUCGCUGCCUCUCUCAAAUAAAAACACCU